AUGGGUGUCGGCCGGGUUAUCUGCGUGGCUCUGCCAUUCAUACUUAGCGUUGGUUCCAUGAUAUUCCUGUUGGUCGCUGCCCUCGGCGGUGUGUCCAACAAGGACCUCUACAUGUUCCGCGUCAACCUCACCGACUUGGAGAUCAACCCUGCCUCGGUAUCAAGUAUAGUCUCAAGAGAUGUCAAGGCAGUCAACUUUGGCAAAUACCACGACCGCGCUCUCCUCACCGCCGACGGCGACAACGCCAUCACCAAGGCCGCCACCGACUCCACCGCUCAGACGAGUAACAUCACCGCCGCCGAUCUUGGUCUCGGUAACCUCUACGACAUUGCUCUUUGGGGUUACUGCACUACCGACACCAAUGGCGAUAAGACCUGCACCAAGGCCAAGUUCGACUGGGCUUCCCAGUACUUGAACACUUCCACCCUCGAGACCAUUGGGACCGCCGCCGGUCGCAAGAUCGAGCUCCCCAAAGAGGUCACUACCGCUCUUUCCGCCUUCAAGACCGCCGCCAAGUGGACCGAAGUUGCUUACAUCAUUGCCUUCAUCGCCCUGGGCCUCGAGAUCAUCUUCGGCAUCUUCGCCAACUGCACUCGUGCCAUGUCCUGCAUCACCUUCCUCGUCGCCUCUCUCGCUUCCAUCGCCGUUUGCGCUUCCGCCGCUCUCUCCACUGCCAUGUCCGUCAUCGUCGUCGGCGCCGUCGAGGGCACUGCCAAGUACUACGGUGUUUCUGCGGGCUUCAACAACAGCUUCCUUGCUCUCAUCUGGAUCUCUGCCGCUCUUGCUCUCGGCGCCGGCUUCUUCUGGAUGUUCACCAUUUGCUGCUGUGCUCCCAGCCACACUCGCAAGGACCGCAAGCGCAACAGCGACGGCGAGAAGCUUCUGCCCCAAAGCAGCAGCUACCAGCCCAUCCACGAGGAGAACGGCUACUACAAGCAGCAGCAGGCUACCCAGUACGGUGCUCCCCGUUACGCCAGCGGUGCUCGUGGUGACACAGCCUACGAGCCUUACUCACACCGCUCUUAA